CGACUUUCGUGCAACGUUGGCUAAACACCCGGCGGUAGCCGCGUUGGGCCUGGGUCGGGUGGAGCUGUCAGAAUGUCUUGGAGCUGUCGCGUCAUUCCUCCCACCUCGACAUUCCAACUUUCAGUCAACUACACAGCAAAUCCUCAAUCUCCUCAGCAUCGCAAUGGGACACUCCCAAUCUGCCGAGGCCCGGAAGCUUUCAGCAGAGGAGCUGUCCUCGCUCCUCGCCUCCAAAUUCGCCCACAAAUGUUUCCACCCCCUGGAGCUGUACAGCUUCAAGGACAAUUUCAAGUCACUGGCCGAGGUGCAAGACGGAACGCUGUACUGGAGCGAGGACACGCUGAUCCGGUUCCUGGCGCUGCCGCCGGACGUCGGCAGUGUCAUCUUCCAGCUUACGUCGUACCUGGCCGCAUUUCCGUUCCCGAGCCUGGCCCCCGCGAUCCUGGAUUUUGAGGGCCUGGUCAAGGUCGUGGCCAUCGUAACGGGAAGGCAUAGGAAGGUUAUGCGCAGGAAGGUCGAGGUGCUGAAGUUGUUAUUUCGAGCGCUGGCGGUGCAUGAGAGGGUGCUGGAUAAGCCGGACGGGCAAGAUGAUGAUGUGGGAGGGGACUCGGUGGUCGUCUACGACUCGGACGAUUCCGAGGACCUGUCGCUGGCGGCUCUGGAUGCGCUAGAUGCGAUCGAUGUGUACAACGAGUCUGAGAAGCCUCUGAAUAGAGUGCGUGCGCGGAUUCCCGUCGAGAACCUGCGGAGGCUCGUGGGUUUCCUGAUCGCUAUCGCGCCAUUGGAGCAGAAUCAAUUGCUGGCGGAGUUUGCGCCGCGGUUUGGCGAAGAGGAGGGCGAGGGGCUAAGACGGACGGCGGAGUGUGUGCUCCGAGCUUUCGGCGGCGGGGAAGGGGUGUGCUAUCGCAAGUUUAGGGAUACAGUGAGAGGAAGCAUGCCAUACCUCUUCUCGCAGGGACUGCCGGCGCUGUAUAAUCACUUCCUCUUCAGCAAGAAUGUGGACGGACAUCAACCGUCCGAUGCUGCCACGGCGAUAGCACGUGAGCCGCUACUGCUUGGAGAAGGUGAGAUCAUGACGCUCGACGUAUUGAGCCAGCUGUCCCUUUUUAUAAAGGGCGAGCGCCUAUGGCGAAGAGUUCGUCCGCUCUACACCGGCAGCGAAGACGGCUUCUCGAUGGGCAGCUUCGAGACCAAGGUGCUGAAAUGGAGCGCCCCGACAAUCCUCCUGGUCAGCGGCCGACUUAUCACCUCGGACCCCGCGGCAGCCAACGCCCGUGAACGCGCCUUCACCAACCUCCUUCCACCACGCCGGCUCCCCUCCAGCAGCACAACCGAAGACGCAGCAGUAACCUACGGCGUGUUCAUGGAAACGCCCUGGAAACACGCGCACAAAGAGUGUUUUGGCGACCCCAAUACGUUGUUAUUCCAGCUCUCGCCAGUGCACCGGGUAUUCCGUGCAUCGACACAAUCCCGCGACUACGCCUACUUCAACCGCGACGACGGUGUCGGCUUCGGCACACCCCCACAGGGCUGGAAAAAUCACCAUCGCCCGUCGCCUUACUUCAAUACCGGGCCGAUAUCACUCGUCCUGGAUCACGCCUUGGAGUUUGGCGUGUUUACGUGUGCGGGUGGUGGCGGUGCAUUUUUGGCCGGUGAGGAGGGGGAGGGGUGGCAGGAUCGGUUUGAGGUCGAUGCUAUCGAGGUUUGGGGGUGCGGCGGGGAGAGUGAAGUUGAGGCGCAGAGGAAGGCGUGGCAGUGGGAGGAGCGCGAGGCGCUGCUGAGAAGGCAGAUCAAUCUUGGGAAGGAUAUUGAGGCAGAUAGGGCGUUACUCGAGAUGGCUGGACUGGUGGGACAGAAUAGGAGUGGAGGUAGCAUCUGAUCGUAUUCCGUAUACCUAGCCGUACGAGCAGCUGCAGGCACCCGUAAUCCAGAUCUUAAGUUGGACACACUGGCUCGGAGCGGCGCGGUGUACAUUGUGGCCGACACAGGCAUACGCGCCGGUGGACUUUUUUGGGUUCAGUUCGUUGCGCUGUUAACAUGUGUACACAUACCAUGUACCUUUAUAUUACUCUAAUAUCACGUGUACACUACCAAAGAAAGCUUCCUAUGCGAUAGAGAUCUCAUUCAAGGCACCGUCCAUAUGAGCAGCAUCUAUGCGGCAC